AUGGUCGCUUCGCAGGUGGCCGAGCUUACUGAGAGCCUGAUGGACCACAGCGUCAACCCAUGCACGGACUUCUACGGACACGUGUGCGGUCAGUGGAUCAAGAACACGAAGCGGCCCUCCUCCUUCAUGAUUGACGUGGCGCAAAACUUCUCGGACACACUCCACGAAGCGCUCAGCAGGCCUCAUCUGCACGGCGACAACCACGAGCUGAUGCAGGACGCCGCCAUUUUCUACAACUCCUGUCUGACGUACCUCAAGAGAGAUGCCGACAUUAAAGCUUCCACGGACGAACUUUUCGAGGCUUUAAACAUCUCCGUGUCGAAGUGGCUCAACGAGAAUGACCCGAUGCAGUUCUUCCGCGACAUCCUCCGCCUCUCGCUUGUUAACCGUUUCCACACGCUCGUCGCAUUCAGCGUAAUUGAAGAUUCGGGGAACGUAACUUUGAAGGUAACGAGAUGGUACCCGUUACACAAUUUCAUCCCACCGGAAAGCAUGGACCGUGUAAAAGAGUACGUGAACCGCUUGUUUAAAGUGGUAGGUGAAGACAAAGCCAGCGAUACCGUCGUCGAAGAGGUUCUCAAGCUGGACAAGAAUCGAGGGAUUUUUGUUGAUGCGGACGAUUCUGGACCGAAAUUGCAAGACGUCCAGUGCCAGACCUUUCCAGGAAAGACGUGGAUAGAGGUUCUACACAAAGAGCUGUCGCUCGCGGAAAAUGUUCCGGUUGUUACGACUGGCAUGGACACCAUAUGCAAAGAGCUGAACGAAGUUCUGGUAAAGACCAAGUCGGUGGCGAGGGCACUCUACAUGGUCGCCCUUGUCUCGAGGAGCGUCUUAGACGUAGAUUACACACAGUCGGGAAACAGUGACGCUUACCGUGUGAGACGUAAAUGUUACCUCGAGAUGCAGUUUGCUUUCGAGGACACCUGGCUUCACCUUCUGAGUGGCCUCUUAAACGUCACCAAGGGGAAUGAAGAAGUCAUCGACGCCUACAUGGGCAUCACGGGGAAACAAGUGAAAAGCCGAGUGGCUGCCUGGACCUGGAUGGCCGAAGAAGACAGGCGGGCGGCGAUCGAACAGUUCACCAGGAUUCGCAUGGUGCGUUUCUACGGCGCCAGCAUGAGGAAGCAGGCGGUGCGGUGCAGCAGCCGUAAGAAGGUGACGUCAACGGACUUUGUGUCGAACGUGGUCAAUCUGUACGUCCGCGACAUAAAGAGCUGUCUUCUCCCAUCGGUGGACAGAAGGGAUGACCUCGGCCUCAAACGGUUUCUGCUCGGUACCGACCUGGUUGCGUACCACUCCAACGUCGUGGUGCCGCCCAUGUUCGUCUUGCCUCCCUUGUACUACCGACACGUCGAAGACGACAAGUUCAUCAACAUCGCCGUGUUCGUAAAUAAUCUUGCCAGCAAAGUUAUCUACUCCACGUUAGACCGAGGCGCAGACACGUACGGCUGGAGCAACGGCACGUCCGCAAAUUACUCGAGGAUACAGGACUGCUACGCCCGCCAGACAGCCAACCUGCACGCGAAGCUGAACGACAGCCAGUUCGACCGCGCGUUCAGCGUCAUGGAAUCGCUGCGCAUAGCGUACGCGGCGAAACGCCAGUACGACCGCGACCUCGACGCGCCGGUCGACCUGAACACGAUGGACUUUGAGUCAGCCUACGCGUCGUGCCUAUUUGCAGCGGCCAGUGCGCCAACAUUCAUCGACAUCUUCGGUUGCCAAGCGGAGGACACUAUGACAGCCAUAAGCAGCUGCUACGUGCAUUAG